AUGACAUCCCCAACAGACCUCCAAGCCCUCGAGGCAUCCCCUCGCCUGCACGCCCUCCUCACCCGCCUCCACGCCGCAUCCGAAGCCCAAGAACGCUCCUACUCGCAAUACUGGUUCUAUUUCAAAUUCCUCUACGGCUUCUACAUAACCGGCAAAACAUGGUCUUCCUCAGGCGAUGCCCACAUGCGCGACAAAUUCGUCGCUCUAGAACAAGACAAAUGCCAGUUCAUGUAUCUCCUCGCGCGGAGUAUCAACGCCAAGAACAUCGUUGAAGCGGGUACUAGUUUUGGUGUUUCGACGAUGUAUCUUGCUCUCGCGGUGGGACAGAAUGUUACUGAGGCCAAGGCAAAGGGGGAGAUUGUUAGUGGGAAGGUUAUUGCGACGGAGAAGGAGGCGAGUAAAGCUGUUAGGGCGAGAGAACAUUGGAGUGAGGCGGGAGAGGAGGUUGAGCCGUGGAUUGAGUUGAGGGAGGGAGAUUUGAGGGAGACGCUUUUGGUGGAGGAGGGUAUGCCUGAGGAGAUUGACAUGUUGCUCAUUGACAUCUGGACACCACUUGCACUCCCAGCUCUGCAAGCCGUCAAGCCUCGUCUGAGAAGAGGUGCUAUCAUUCUGGCUGACAACACAAAGAUGGCAAAGGCGCUGUACAAGGAGUUUCUGGAUCACAUUCAUGAUCCUAAGAAUGGAUUCAAGACGACUACUACUGCCUAUUCUGGAGGGCUGGAGAUGAUUGUGUAUCUGCCUUCAUAG